CCUGCGCGCACACUGCCCCCGUCCGUUUCCGCCGCCGCGGUGUGCAGGGUGACGGCUGCCUGCUGCUGGGACCCCGCCGACAUGUCUGAGAGGGAGCGAGAGUUCCCGCUGGGGGGCUCCCGGAGCGCCGAGGAGCUGCCCGGCCGGGCGUACUCGCCCAGCUGGCUGGAGGAGGCGGGCGACGCGGACGACUCGGACGAGGACGACGACGACGAGCCCGCGACAGUGGAGGCGGCCCCGGGCGCCGACGAGGCCGGCCCCGACGACCUGAGCUUCGGCGAGGCCGGCCUCGACCCGCUCCUGCUGGAGGCGGCCGACCCGGAGAAGUGCCGCUCCAUCCGCAGGCACUACCGGCAGCUCAUCCGCGCCGUGCAGCAGCGGCGCGACGACAUCGUGCACACGGCGAGCGACUCGCUGUCCGAGGCGCUCGAGGAGGCCAACGUCCUGUUCGACGAGGUGAGCCGCACGCAGGAGGCGGCGCUGGACGCCCAGUUCCUCGUGCUGGCGUCCGACCUGGGCAAGGAGAAGGCCCGGCAGCUCAACGCCGACGUGAGCUGCUUCAACCAGGGCGCCUUCGGCGACUACCUCUUCCUCUUCGCGGGCCGCAGCUGGCUGGAGCGGGGCGAGGGGCCUGGCCACCUGGACGACGGCGCGGCCCGCGGCUUCUGGGCCGCGCUGCACCGCGAGGCCUCCGCCUGGGUGCUGCUGGCCGAGCCCUUCCGCUUCCUCUUCGGCGCCUUCAGGCCCGAGCCGCUGCCCAAGCCCCGGGCGCUGCUGCCCCGGAGAGCGGGCCCCGAAGACCACGUCCGCGCCAUGCCUACCAAGCUGCGGCGCCUGGACCUGCACGCCAACCACGAGGCCACGGAGAAGGAGGUGGAGAGGAUCCUGGGGCUGCUGCAGACCUACUUCCGCAGGUACCCCGACACUCCCGUGUCCUACUUCGAGUUCGUCGUCGACCCCAAGUCCUUCUCGCGCACCGUCGAGAACAUCUUCUACGUGUCCUUCAUCAUCCGGGACGGCUUCGCGCGCAUCCGGCUGGACCGGGACCGCCUGCCCAUCCUCGAGCCCAUCCGCUUUGGCCGCCGCGGCGAGGACUGCGAUUUUGGCUACCACGGCCGCAAGCAGGGCGUCAUCUCGCUCAGUUUGCAGGACUGGAAGAAUAUUGUGGCGACCUUCGAGAUCUCCGAGGCCAUGAUCACCAACGCCUGCUAG